AUGCAGGAGCGGGUCGAAUACCAGUGCUACCGGAGCUUAGUCGAUUCGGAUGCGACUCUUGAGUUCGGUCGCUACAUCUCAGCCCGAUCAAACGAAACCGAACUACCAUCAUCGGUUUCACACAGCAAGAAUCAAGAUGACCUUCAGGUCGUCAAGUUUAGAGGUGCGAUGAAAGACCAAGCGUACGGGGUGUUCUACUGUCGAGGAACCAAAGCAGAUAGGGAUCCGACAUCCGUCUUGAGUUUCUUUAUACGGUCCGACGCAAAGCUUAUCCCGGUCGCCGACGCGUUCACCCGGACCGUCAGCAUCGGCGAGGUCGGUGUCGAGAUAGCGAUGACCGUCGUAAGACGAUCCGAACAACCGGGUGCCAUCACCCAAUGGCGAUUCAACGGGAGUAAGCCAGUCGAGUCACAGAACAACCGGACGACCUACCGGAUAGAUAGACCGGUUACAGUACAGGAUGAUGGUAUCUACGAGGUCUACUACGAGGGGGAGAGAGAUCGGGCAAAGGGAGGAUUCUUCAGACUUAUUGUUAGAGCUUGCCCGCCAAACAGAUGGGGACCUCCGGACUGCGAAGGAGUAUGCGACAAGUGCUACAAUGGCGGAGUCUGUGACGAUAAAUCAGGAAUGUGCGUCUGCCCCAACGGCUUCAUAGGAUCAAACUGCCUCACAAUUUGUAACCCAGGAGGAGGGAAUCGGUUCGGACUCAACUGCGAGUUCCGGUGUUCCUACAAGACGGAUCGCGACUACCAGUGUCGAGGAGCGUUGUUCUGCCUUCCAGAUCCCUUCGGGUGCUCCUGUGAUCUCGGCUCCAAAGGUCUCAGUUGUAGAGUUGCUUGUUUCAACGGUGAGUUCGGAGCCGGAUGCACUGAAAGGUGUCAUUGUGCGUCAGACAUGUGUAACAUCUACACCGGGGAAUGUCUGGGUCAAACACGGGAAUGUUCUCCAGGAUGGUCCGGAGAAAACUGUCAAAUUGCCGAUGUUUGUGAAGCCGAUUAUUACGGCGAGGACUGCACUUUUAAAUGUCACUGUCUGAACGAGGCACCAUGCAACAAAUCGACGGGGGAGUGUCAAAACGGACUCUGCGCCAGGAACUUUGCCACCUACGACGGGACACCCGAGUGCCAAGCAUGUAAAGGGUUGUCCUACGGUUUCAACUGCUCCCAGGAAUGUCAUUGUGAUGAAGAGGCUUGUGAUCUGAAACUUGGACGCUGCAAUGGAAAGUGCCUCAAGAAUUGGUUGCCACCAAACUGCGUACGAGGAGUGUCUCGGAUUACCACCAACCCUAAGGUGAACCCUGGCCAACCGUCCAACAUUACAUGCCAUGUCUAUGGGAAUCCUCCGCCGAGUUUUGACACUAUUUAUCUGACCAGUGAUCUUGGCAAAUCGAGCAGUACCGCUACCGGUAUCGUAUCCCGGAGCGUGGCGGUUACCGGUUCAGAGACCGUCAUUGUCUUCGAUGUCGCGGCGAUCGAGGAAGGAGAGGUGUUUUCGUGCCUGUUAGCCGAGGAGAGUCAGAUCGCCAUUCUGGAAGUGGAAUCAAGUACUUACGAUUUACCAGUCAUUUCCAAGCCAUUAGAAGUUACGUUCAUCGGCACGCACGAGAUCACUGUUGAAUGGGAACCAUGGCAACCAGAUAUAGAUGAGGGAGAUGUCCCUCUAACUGAAUACAUAGUCGUAUACCACAAUAUGACGUCACCGGAUGAGUGGAUGGAAGCAGUUAGUGUGACCCCGGAUCAGUACCUUACCGCGUCGAUUACCGGGUUGCGGUCGGAUACAGAUUAUGAGUUUGCAGUUGCCGGAGUUCGAGCCGGAUCAGAUGGAAUCGGUUUACCGGGUCCGGCUAUUAGAGUGACAACGCAUUGCGAACGUCCAAAUAUCCGUUCUUUCAACUUGACGGUGAUCUCAACUGCAGCGAGUCAGAUUGAGCUGACUUGGGAGAAACCUGCAGAGAGCAAAGCCCGAUGUCGAGGUGGAUUCCAAACCUUCACGAUCGUAUACUCCAAAAGAGAUUCCCAAGACAACGAAACGCAGCUUGACGUGCCGUUCGCUGAUCCACCAAUGUACACCAUCGCUGACCUUGAAGUCUGUACCGAAUACGUCAUUCGCAUAGGAGCAUCGAAUAAAUUUUCUCACAGCGCGUUCAGUGAGCCGGUCAACGCUCAGACAACUGCAGAAGUUGUCCCUGCUCCUAAAGAUCUUAAGGUUACGGGUGUCACGCCCUCAGCGGUGACCCUACACUGGUCCAUCCUGAACUCAACACAACCAUGUCAGAACAUCAGCGGAUAUGAAAUACUGUACAGAAGAACAUAUCCUAGACCAGAUAAAAUGGGCAAAGUCAUUGCUGUAGAGUCAAGUGAGAGGGAGGUGGAUUAUUCCAUCAACAACUUAUGGCAGAAAACAAACUUCUCGAUUCAGGUUCGUGUCAUAAACGGAGCCGGUAAAGGUUCGUGGUCUCACGAGGUAUACACCCAAACAUUGGUAUAUCGACAUUAUCCUCAAGAACAGAGACUGGUGAAUGUCCCCGACAAAAACAUUGACGAUGUUCCUGACUCGAGCAAUCGGAGGAAAUAUCCAAGGUAUCUAUCUGGUAUACUUGCCGGGAUUGCCUUGAUUCUCAUCGGCCUUCUCAUCAUCGGUAUCAUCGUCUAUAGAAGGCGAAGGAGAAAGAUUCAAACAACAGAGCCAGUUAUGACUUUAAAAAAUUUAGAAGUACAGGAGUAAAUUAAAGCGGCACAAUUAGGACACUUUCAGUUCCUCCAGUUUUUGACGUCUGGUGAGCGAGAUGUAAAAAUGGGCAUUACUCAUACAGAUGACGAUUAAACACUAAUGGAUUUUCAUGCAUAUCCUCCGAUCUUUGACAAUAUUUAUUAAAUGUUGACUUCCAUAUCAUUGUGCAGCGAGAGGUAAAAAGCCUUCAGGAAUGCGUACAGAUGCCUCUAUUUCAACCAAGGUUCCGCUUUGACGUUUACAUCUGUACGAUACCCUGCCGAUUUAUAGGCAUGUGCAUGUAACAAGAUAAAAUUGUCAUUUUUAAAGAUAUAUUUUAAAUGGCUGUUGAGCACUGUAUUCAUGGUAGUUAACCAUGCUAGUAACCAUUGGAUGGACAAAUUAUAAUGGCGCUUUUAGGCAACGGGCCUCAAUGACUCGUCCUGAAAAAUCUAUCCUCUCAUAUUGAUAUCACCAACUUUUCUUGGGAGCUAUAUUCUUACCGAAUUUCUCCCAAGAACAACUUUUCGUCCUGGGCUAUUAAAGGUUCAGCCAGGGGGCUAAGCGCGACUGAGCGUCUGUCUUUGAUGUUAUAUAACUCAAGGUCAGAUUCUGUUGACAGGCGAGCUAGACCCUGGACUUUUGCAAAAUGAGAAUACAGAUCUGUCCUUAGGUUGAGGUCAGGCGAGGUCACUGGUAUAGAGAUUUGUCCUCGCCGGGCAACGCCGCAAACGAUUGAGCGUCUUUAACUCCUUGGUCUGUCCUAUCAGGGAGUUCCCUGCUGCUGUAUCACACUUUCCCUUUCAUGAGCGAGACCUAUGACAGCGUCUUGGCCCAGUGGAUUAGUAUCCGGACUUUGAAACAGAGGGUCGUGGGUUCAAAUCCCAGCCAUGGCGUAAUUUCCUUCAGCAAGGAAUUCACCCACAGUGUGCUGCACUCGACCCAGGUGAGGUGAAUGGGUAAAGGCAGGAAGUAAUUCCUCAAAAAGUUGUGUAACCUGAAUAGGUAGCCUAUAGCUUAGCCGGGUAAUAAUAAUAGCAGGGCCCGCUGGCAGAACAGUUUUCGGAACUGAAGUGGCAACCCUGGGUAAAUAUACCGUUAUUAUCAUUAUUAUUAUUACGCCAAACAGAUCAGUCCCCAUCUUGCGGUCAGGCGAGGUCGCACACGACAGAGAUCUGUCCUCGCUUGAAGGUCGCACGCGACACAGCUGUUUUGUUACAUUACAAGGGCAGAUUCUGCUGAUAAGCGACACGCAUAUGCAAAACUGGGCUGACCUCAACUUGAGGUCAUCUGAGGUAUAUCGCACGCGACAUCUGUCAUCGCUGGGCGAGAUCGCAUGUGACUGAGAAACUGUCCUUACCGUUGCGUAAUAGGACAAUCUCUCUUGAUAGCUGAGAAUGCAAGGACACGCAUGCGACCUAGAUGAAACGGGCUCUACACCUAUAGCUAUGUCAACUUGCUAAACGCGCUCAAGAAAGUUCUGCUCUUCCUAUAUAGGCCUAUACUGAAAAUCCAGAUACCGCAGAAUCUACAUAUUCGUGACAAAUUUAUUGAAAGGAACCAAAGACUGGAAAUAAGAUUAGAUUCAAUUUGAUGAAAAGGAUGGUGAUUAUGGCUGAAUGAUGAUUAAAUGAUGUAGAGAUUCUCGCUCAUGGCU